AGGCACUUGGCUCGGGGCGGGGAUUCGGCCAUGGGCCGCGCGGUCUUGGCUCGCGGGAUUUGGAAGUCUGUGGAGAUUGAGGAUGACCUGAACGCGCGGACCAUCUCCCAGGACAUCUCUUCAUUGACAGGCAAGCCCAAGGAUGUGGCACGCGCAGCGCUGAACUUCACUGGAGGAGACCAACAAGAAGCCUGCGCGCUGCUGAUGUCUGGCAUGUCCCUCACGGUCCUGGGGCUGAACCUUGAGCUGGCACCGCUGGAGCUGGGGGGAACUCCUUGGCUGGACUGCGACGGGGUGGUGUCCAGCGUGGGAGACCUGCAGAACUGCCUCCUCCUGCGCUUCCCGCGGUUCUGCAAAGAAGUGGCCCGGCUGCUCACGCUGGAGACCCUGGAAGUCUUUCUGCUGAGGAGCCUCGCUCCGCUCGCCGGCUGGGCGGCGGUGGAUUUGGAGGUCCCCGAGUUGCGGGCGAUGGGCGGGCCGAUCGGCACGCUGCAGCACAAGGUCUUCAAGCCGGGACUGGCGAGCAUCCCCCUGGAGGAGGUGGAGCUUUGCGCGCUGCGGGUCAUCAAGACGACCACUUUCCUGGCCCCGGGGAAGUCGGCGUGCUCGAGCCCGCCCAGCGUGCUGGCGCUGGACGCCCCGCCCGUCUCCGCUUCCGCGCCGGUGCCUGCCGCGGAGGAGCAAGGGAAGCAGGAGUCUUCAAGCUAUGUAAAGCUGCGGGAGAUUGGCAGUGGCGCCUUCGGGUCGGUUCACCUGGCCUCGGCGCCCAAGGGCCAGCUGGUGGCGGUGAAGACGGUGCCCGUGGACGGCCAGGAGAGGCGGGAGGUGGAGCUGCUGCGCCACGCCGCGCAUCCGCGGAUCGUGUGGUGCCGGAUUGCGUCCAUCCACAGUCCCCUUGAAAGUUUUGAGCAUCACCAUUCGAAGUGUAUCGACUGCUUUACCUCCGGCAAGGAUCUCUGCAUCGUCAUGGAGUUUUUGCCCGAGAACUUGCACCAACGCAUCGGCGGCAAAGCGUUGGCUGCGGGUCAGGUGAGAUCUUUCACAACUCAGCUCUUGAUAGCAUUGGCUCACUUAGACUCGCUGCAGAUCUGCCAUCGCGACCUGAAACCGGAGAACCUUUUGCUGGAGGGCGAGCAGCUGAAGCUCUGCGAUUUCGGCUCCGCCAAGCGGCUGCUGUCGAGUGACAAGCCGUCGGCCAGCUACAUCUGCUCCCGCUGGUGGCGCGCCCCCGAGCUGAUCCUGGGGUCCGGCAACUACACCACCAGCAUUGACUGGUGGUCUUGUGGAUGCAUCAUCGCAGAGAUGGUGUGUGGCAGGCCGAUCUUCAUGGGAGAGUCCAGCUGGGGCCAGAUGUACGCCAUUGUCCGGGUGCUUGGCACUCCCUCCGAGGCGGAGAUGCAGUUCCUGACGCCCCACGCGGAGCCUGGAGGUCGGCUGGCGCAGCACCUGUCGACCUUAGCCAAGCUCCACCGCGCCUCACGCCUCCCGGAGCUCCUCUCGGGUUCCGGCGGCUUCCUGCGCAUCGCCCAGCGGCUGCUGCGCUACGCGCCCCAAGACCGCUGGCACCCCACGCGACUGCUGAAGUCACGCUUCUUGCAGCACCCGCAGCCCAGCUGCGUUGCUCCGGGCAUCGGGACGAAGGUCUCUAAGAGGCUCCGCUCGGAGGACUUGCUAAUGCAAAGCGCAAAGCGACGGCAAGUCGCGUGUGAGGCUCGCAUCGUGGACUUACGGAGCUAAGCGGCGAGAAGUUUAUAUGGCAGGCGCGUUCUCGAUUCGACGGAGCCCCUGUCAAAUGACAGCGUAGUGCAAAUACAGCCUAG